GCGGCUGCCGGGGGGAAGCGGAGCGGAGCGGCGGCGGCCCCGCGCCCGGGCGGGCGGGCAGCGCAGCCCGGAGGCGGAGGCGGUAGCGGGGAGGCGGCAGCGGCGGCGGCGGCUGCGUCCCCGGAGCGGCGCGGACCAUGCUGCUGGACGCCGGCCCGCAGUUCCCGGCCCUCGGAGUGGGCACCUUCGCCCGGCACCACCACUCGGCCGCGGCGGAGAUGCAGGACCGGGAGCUGAGCCUGGCGGCUCAGAACAGCUUCGUGGACUCGGCGGCGGCGCACAUGGGCGCCUUCAAGCUCAACGCCGGCGCCCACGACCUCUCCCCCGGGCAGAGCUCGGCGUUCACCUCGCAGGCGCCCGGUUACCCAGCCGCCGCCCUGGGCCCCCACGCCGCUCAUGUCGGCUCCUACUCCGGGGCGCCCUUCAACUCUACCCGGGACUUCUUGUUUCGCAGCCGGGGCUUCGGGGACUCGUCGCCGGCCGGCGGACAGCACGGCAUCUUCGGCCCUGCGGCCGGCAGCCUGCACCACCCGCACACGGACGCUCAGAGCCACCUCCUCUUCCCGGGCAUCCACGACCAGCACGGCCCCCACGCCUCCCAAAAUGUUCUCAACGGGCAGAUGCGACUGGGCUUGCCGGGGGAGGUAUUCGCGCGGUCGGACCAGUACCGCCAGGUUUCCAGCCCCAGGACUGACCCUUACUCGGCGGCUCAGCUGCACAACCAGUACGGCCCCAUGAAUAUGAAUAUGGGCAUGAACAUGGCAGCCCACCACCACCACCACCCAGGUGCCUUUUUCCGCUACAUGCGGCAGCAGUGCAUCAAGCAAGAGCUCAUCUGCAAGUGGAUCGAUCCCGAACAGCUGAACAACCCCAAAAAAAGUUGCAAUAAAACUUUCAGCACCAUGCACGAGUUGGUCACCCAUGUCUCGGUGGAGCACGUUGGGGGACCCGAGCAGAGCAACCAUGUCUGCUACUGGGAGGAGUGUCCCCGCGAAGGCAAGCCCUUCAAAGCGAAAUACAAACUGGUCAAUCAUAUCCGAGUGCACACGGGAGAAAAACCCUUCCCCUGCCCCUUCCCUGGCUGCGGAAAAGUUUUCGCCAGAUCAGAAAAUCUCAAAAUUCACAAAAGGACGCACACAGGGGAGAAGCCCUUCCAGUGCGAGUUCGAAGGCUGCGACCGGCGCUUCGCCAACAGCAGCGACCGCAAGAAGCACAUGCACGUCCACACCUCGGAUAAGCCCUACCUGUGCAAGAUGUGCGACAAGUCCUACACCCACCCCAGCUCCCUGCGGAAGCACAUGAAGGUACCCGGCCCCGCAGACGGCGGCGGGAGGCGGGAGGGCGGCCGCCCCGCGCCGGGAGCCCCGACGGGGCGGCGGGGGGCGGGCGCGGGGCCCAGGGGCGGCGGAGGGCCGGGCCGGCGGCGGGGGGCGCUCCCCGGGGGCGGCCGCGGCCUCGCCAUCCCCCCUCCACCCGGCCGUGUUGCCUUUGCCCCCCAGGUGCACGAGUCGUCCCCGCAAGGCUCCGAAUCCUCCCCGGCCGCCAGCUCCGGCUACGAGUCCUCCACCCCCCCGGGGCUGGUGUCCCCUAGCGCCGAGUCGCAGAGCACCAACAACCUCUCCCCUGCGGCGGCGGCGGCGGCAGCGGCGGCGGCCGUGUCCGCCGUGCACCGGGGCGGCGGCGGCGGCAGUGGCGGCGGCGGCGGCGGCCACAGCGGCCUUUCCUCCAACUUCAACGAGUGGUACGUGUAGGGCCCGCCGGACUGCUCUGCACGGCCCCGCCGCGCCUUCCCCGCCCCGGUGGCGGCGGUGGCGGCGGGCAGGAGGGACCGAGCGAGCCCGCCGGAGACGCGCCGGGAGAUGCCGCCGCACCCGCCGGCAGCGAAAUGACGGCCGAGCAGGAUGGGGACAGGGGGCCAUCAUCUCCCCACACCCUCCCGCCUUCGCGUCUUUUUUUUUUUCUUUCUUUCUUUCUGGUUGUAUUUUUUCUUUUUCCUUUUGAAAACAUUUUGAACCAGAAAAAAAAAAUCCAAAAACUACAUGCUGAAAAAACAUAAGAAAAUUAGUAAAUCAACGGAGGAACAGAAAGGGGAGAGAGAAAGGGAAAGAAACAACCCCAAGCGCCACCAACACAUCACCCAGCUAAAAGCUUCCCAAGCCGGCGGAAAGAAACUCUCCCUCCGGAGUCUUCAGACAAAAGAUCAGAGACUCAAACUCCUCUGGUCCCCGCGCCUCCCCUCCCGGAGCAGCCAGAGCCCUCCCGCCCCACGAACAGUGUACAUAGUGGCCCUCUCCUUCCUCCGGCGAGGUGGGGAACGAGGUUUUCCUGGAUUCUCGGUGUAUAGAAGUUCGUCCCGUUUGUAAACCGCAGAUUGGUCCCUUUCUUCUUCCUCUUCUUUUUUUUUUUUUUUUCCUCUUUCUUUUAUUCCUCCUCUUUCUCCCUCCCCGAGAAAGUGAUGGACUUGUUUUAUUUUCUCCUACUCUCCCUCCCCACUUCCUUCUCUUCUCCUUUUUUUUAGUUCAUCCCUUGAAAAAAAAAGUAACGUGGAAGAAAAAAAAAAUGGUUUCUUUUGUAAUUGUGAUAUCUUGAAUAUUGUGUUCCUUUUUAAGAAGCAACUUGAUUGUAAACUGCAUUUCAACUAUAGACUGGGGAAGAAAUACCGUGCCAAAGUCUCCAUUCUGUUAUUCACACACACACACGAACAACAACGCUUGUGAAUGUAUUUUUCUGUUAGCUGGGUUUACAUGUGAUGUUUUAGUGCUUUUGCAAGUUCAAUUUGUUAGUUCCUGUUCGAAAGAUUGUGAGGAAAAAUAAACGUUGUGCCGUUAGCUUUUCCAUAAUAACGCCCUUCCUCCUG